GGCGGCUGCCCUGGGGUGGGCGCCUGAAUCCCGGCCUCAUGUAAGUGGCGGAGGCUGGUGCCACUGGCUGGCGGAGACGCCCACGCUCUCUGGGCCUUAGCGAUUGGGACGGACCUGAUUCGCAGUCUUCGGUCCCGCCCUGCGAGGUCCGGCCACGUGGUGGGCGGACCGCGGCAGUUCUGAUCCGGAGACCUGGCAGGACCCGGAGUCCCGCCCACAGUCCAGGGCGGACGCCGAGAGGGGUGCGCGGGACUAAGGCCAGCAGAGAGCGAGCUCACCACGGCAGGGCAGCGCCAUGGCCAGCAAGCGUCGUGAGGGCGAGCACCCAUCCGUGACGCUCUUCCGUCAGUACCUGCGCAUCCGCACCGUCCAGCCUGAGCCCGACUACGAGGCUGCCGUGGCCUUCCUUGAGGAGAGAGCCUGCCAACUGGGCCUGGGCUGUCAGAAAGUGGAGGUGGCAGCUGGCCGUGUGGUGACUGUGCUGACCUGGCCAGGCACCAACCCCAGACUCUCUUCCCUCUUGCUCAACUCCCACACCGAUGUGGUGCCUGUCUUCAAGGAACAUUGGAGUCAUGACCCCUUUGAAGCCUUCAAGGAUGCUGACGGCUACAUCUAUGGCAGGGGCACCCAGGACAUGAAGUGUGUCAGCAUCCAGUACCUGGAGGCUGUGAGGAGGCUGAAGGUUGAGGGCCACCAUUUCCCCAGAACCAUCCACAUGACCUUUGUGCCAGAUGAGGAGAUUGGGGGUCACCAAGGCAUGGAGCUGUUUGUGAAGCGGCCCGAGUUCCAGGCCCUGAGGGUUGGCUUCGCCCUGGAUGAGGGCCUGGCCAACCCCACUGACGCCUUCACUGUCUUUUACAGUGAGCGGAGCCCUUGGUGGGUGCAGGUCACAAGCACCGGGAAGCCAGGCCACGGCUCACGAUUCAUUGAGGACACAGCAGCAGAGAAGCUGCACAAGGUUGUGAGCUCCAUCCUGGCUUUUCGGGAGAAGGAGAGGCAGAGGCUGCAAUCAGACCCUGAGCUGAAGCAGGGGGCCGUAACCUCCGUGAACCUGACUAAGCUGGAGGGCGGUGUAGCCUAUAAUGUGGUACCUGCCACUAUGAGCGCCAGCUUUGACUUCCGCGUCGCACCAGAUGUGGACCUGAAGGCUUUCGAGGAGCAGCUACAGGGCUGGUGCCAGGCAGCUGGCGAAGGGGUCACCUUCGAGUUUGCUCAGAAAUGGACAGAGCCCCGAGUGACAUCUACUGAUGAUUCAGACCCCUGGUGGGCAGCUUUUAGUGGGGUCUGCAAGGACAUGAACCUCACCCUGGAGCCGGAGAUCUUCCCCGCUGCCACAGACAGCCGCUACCUUCGCGCGGUGGGGGUCCCAGCUCUGGGCUUCUCACCCAUGAACCACACACCCGUGCUGCUCCACGACCACGAUGAACGGCUGCAUGAGGCCGUGUUCCUUCAUGGGAUCGACAUAUACACUCGGCUGCUACCUGCCCUGGCCAGUGUGCCCACCCUGCCCAGUGAAAGCUGAGCCCUGCACUCUCCAACCUCCACCCCUGAUCAGUGCCAAGGACCCUUCUUCCCUCCUGCCCAGCAAUAAAGUCUGUGUAGACAGGGACCA